UAUAUUAUGAGGCUUCCUCCGUUUGGUAGCUGGUCCUGACAAAACUUUAUUUUGUUUCUAGGGUACAUAUCAGUAACGGAAUGGUGCGUAGCGUUAGAAAAAGCAACGGGCCUUCAGAUACCAUGGAGAAUGUUGAAAGAUAAAUUAGUAACUAUAGAUCCAGAGACCAAUAAGGUGAAAUAUCAAACCACGUUUGAAAUUAAAAGUGAUAAAUUGAAUUCUGUCCAAGGAGCAAGCACAGUCGUAGAAACGCUCUACAGGAACAAGACCAGCUUGGAAGCUAUAUUCCGUAUCAUAGACAAAGACAAUUCGGGUUACAUAAGUUUGGAUGAGUUCACCGAAGCUUGCAGCCUUAUCAAAGAGCACAUGCCUUGUCCAAUGACGCACGAACAACUGGAGGAGAUUUGCAGACUGAUGGACCUGAACAAAGACGGGCAAGUCGAUCUGAACGAGUUCCUGGAGUCGUUCAGGAUGGUGGAUCCAGAGAGCAGGAAGAAGAAUCAGCCAUGUUCACCGGAGCCGUACAGAAACGAAAUAAACUGCAGACCCAACAAACCACCUGAAAUUGAAGACCAAAAAGGACAGGAUAAUCAAGAAACAGAAAAUCAACUCAAAGAUACAGACAAAUCUGAAGAACAGGACAAGAACAGCAGUGUCACAGUCAUGGUACAUUCUGACCCAAAGGAAGAAAUGGAACAAAACAGCAAGAAUACUAACCACAAGAAUACUUUGCAAAUGUCACCUGUUCUGAGCUGCAGAAGGGGAUCUCAGAUAUAGAUAGAAAUGUCCUGACUGUUGUAACCUAGAUCAGAGUCAGAUCUAUUGCGGUCCAAUCAAAGCUAUACGCAAUUAUUCACCCUGAAAGUACCGUUAACAAUUUCUGAUAUCAUACCGGGAGAGCAUAUUGAACAAUUUUAUUUUUCGGUGGUACUUGUAACAGUACGUUUUGUUUUUUUUUAUAGGCAAGCUAAGCGCUUGGCCUAGAAAUAGAGCACCUAAAAAAUUGAGUGACAAAACAUCAAGAUCAAGCCGUGCCAUUUACUUGAUCGACCUAGGUUAGGCAGACGUUUUUGGCGCUCACAUGAUGCUUUCAUCCGUCCCACCAAACGAUAGUCAACCAAGGACAGCUGUCUUGUGCUUCUUGGCUACUCAUCAGCAUGGUCUAAGCUUGGUCUCUCGUCUCUGAAUCAACGAAUGAACGCAUCGCAACUACCCUCUAUCCAGGAGGUUCGGACUAUUGAAAUCAGACAGCACAAAGCGACAUCUAUCACACCAUUUUGUAUGUCACUAAUAUGGCAAGUGGCGACAAUUUUACUAUUACGACGAAUUUGUUUUAUUUACAAAUCCGAAUAAUUAAUAUAAUUGCUAAAUGUACUGUUACACCGCCAUAAAUAUGUAACAUUUUUUUGUUAGGAUCGUUUAUAGCGAACGGAGCUGCCAUUUACGCUAUCAGAGAAUCACUUGACUGCAUUUUUCCGUAUUCUUCAUCUGCAGUUUCGUAAAUAACGUAUCAUCAUGUUCAUUAUGUGUAGAUACUUGUAUGUGUCUCGCGAGUAUGUACUUUCAAAGUAAAUAGCGCGUAUUGAGGAAGCAACAAUACUGUUCAGUCAUCUAAGAUGAUGCCAGCUUACUGACAGUAUCUCUGUUCAGAAUAAUUCACUUGGACAGUAUGACAUUUUAAUAUCUUGUAGGAAUGAAGUUUAGGAAUAACAAUAUGAUCAGUUAAAAACGUUGUAUAAAAAGUGGUUUUCAUGGGAUCAACUAUUGUUUCUUUAUGGAUGUCAAUUAUUUUACGUAAAAUUAGCUUUUUGUAUAAAUCGUAUUGCAUUUUUCGUUCAUAUGUGUAUUCAAUGUCCUGUUUAUUCUUUUGUAAAUAUUUCGCUGAUAUAGGUGCUAAAAAUAUCUUACAAAUUUGAAACAUGAGUUGGAAAUUUAGCUAUAGAAUCCCGAUGAAGUUUCGCUAAGAGCCCCCUGGCCGGCAGGGUUAUUUACGUAAAACAACUAUAUAAUAUCGAAAAAACAAUAAAAUGUCAUCUUGUUGACUAGAUAGCAGGUAGUGUCCAAACAGUUCAUUCCGCGCCUGCUACAAGUGAGCAUGAAGUGAACGACAGCUAGUUCCUUGUUGACAUCUUGUAAGAAAACCUAUAUAAUUACACAAAAACCUACAUAAUUAAAAAAAAUAAUGUCAAUUUUCAAGUUACGUGAUACCCCUGCGGGACACCAAGGCGGCGUAUAUAUGGCAGAUAUUUCAAACGUUUGCGACGUCACCAUGGCAUUUGAAAAGGGAGGGAUCUAAAGAUACCGAAAAUAUCACUACUUAAAUGUUCGGAAAAUGUAUAUCCAGUUUCAGCAUCUAAUAAUGAAUGUCUCAUACAACCAUAUUGAGAAACCAAUUACUGGGAUAAUCAUUUUAUUGGACGUAUUCUGGAUACUGCAGCGCUCAGAGCACUUAUUCAGGGUUCGUUUGAUGAAUGAUUUGAUUAAUUUUUUGAAUACGCCCAUUGUUUUUUACCGCAUAUUGAGGUGACCAACAAUAUUAACUACUAGCAAUUAUGUAUUAUUCCACAAAAUGUUUAUUUUCAAAAUACUGUUCAUAUUCAGACAUUGUUAGUGCAAGAAAGUUUUUCAAUUAAUACACAUAUUAUGAGACGUCAAUGUUACUCAUAUUUUGCUAUUCAAUCUAUAUUUAUAGUACACUCUGAAUACAUAUGCAUAGAUAGUCAAUUAGUACAUAUGACUAGUGUAUAUUCCAUAAUAUUUCCGGCCAAUUUCACCAAAUCGCUGCAAUACAUUUUGUGGAUCUUUGAUGUUUUAUCGAUAUACUCGUAGGUUACUCGGUUGCCACUUGAUACAGAAAUCCACUAGAUAAAGCAAGAAUUGUAACCAAAAUGACAGGUUGAAAUGAUUUUGAUGAAAAUAUUAGCGAUAUCCGUCAAUGCUGGGGCUAUCAAACCAACCGUAAGGAAAAAAUGUUUUUCUUCGAGAGACAAUCUCAUUUCAUAGCUUAUGGCGCAAACGUAAAAUUAAACAUUUACUGUUAAAAUUAUUGAUAUAGUAAUUUAUUGUUAAUAUAAAAUUUGUAGCUUGUGAGUCUUGUCUCUAAUUUAGUAUUUUACUGGAAUUUACGUUUACAGAACUGUUUUAGCACUCAAUACAUCUAUUAAGUUCGACAGAAAUUAUUUACAAUCUCUACAAUUUCCAGUUAGCAUUUAUCUUAUUUCAAAUAUCUUUCCAAAAUCACUUUCACAAUUUCAUCUCAACAUUCCUGAAUACUUGUCGAAUCUAGAGAGGUUAUUCUGAUGCGCAGCCACAGCAGGACGACACAAACUUUCAGAAUAGAAUUUACUGAUAUUGUAAAUUUUUUGGGCUUAUAAGAGGUACUUAAUUCACGCAUAACGUCUAUCCACGCAGCAGUUCUAGAACAAUAUUUUUUUCAAUGAUUGUCAUACAUGCAUAUCUGUACCUCAGAGAUAAUUGUAUUUGAAAUGCUUUUCUUGUAUUGUAUUUUUUGUAUGCGACUGAACAUGAUUUAAAAAGCCAUAACUUCCUUACUAUUACAAGUAGAUGAACUCUGCAAAUAGCAAAUGAAAAUUCACAAUAUCAUAAGCUUAACAUAUAAAACUCAUUUUUAACAAAAAUGGACUAGACCUGGUCUAGCUCUGGGGUAUAGAUAUGGAAUCGUGGAUUUUGCAGAUUCAUAUGUCAUCCAUAAUUGGCUGACUCAGGAUUGAAAAUUCUCCAGAGGAAUUAUGAUCUCUUCUACAUUGUUUCAAGACCUCCAUGUCACAGUGCGUAUGUGUAGUCAAUCAACUCUGCUAAGGUAAUUUCUUAAUCAUGACAUAACGGCUUGCUGAUGACUAUUGAAUCCGAAAUGUCACAAGUCAUAAAUAUCUUGCUAGAACAUGUGAUCUCAUUUGGUGAAAACAAACAAUAUGUUAACUAUUAAAGUGAAGCUUAUUUGGGGCCAUAAUUGACUAAAAUAAAUAUCAAUGUAAAAACUUAUCGUUAAAAAUUUGAAUUAUAUUGAAAAAAUAUAUACGUAGUCGUGCCAUAAGUUCUGUCCCAUGAUAAUCUCAUGAUAAAAAUGAAACAAGAUAAGAUAUAUUUAUAUGAAAGAUAUUAUUUAUUCGACAACAUUUUUAGAAUUCAUAAUCAAACAGUUUUAUUCAAAAUGUCCCCCCUUGGCCUUCACACACUGCUUCAAUCUCGCGGGCCACUCA